CUACUGCAAAAUAGUACUUGAAGAGAAAAAAAGAGAAAAGGGACAACAAAGACAUAAAAGUAAACAGAGAGAGAAAGAGAAAAGCAGGUUUUUUUUUUUUUUUUUUGUGGGUUGGGGGUGGGUACCAGAAUGUGAAUGCUAAGGGAACUUCCCUUGCGUUAGUAUUAUGGCUUCUGGAAUACCUGAGUUUACUAACAGGCGAGAAACAAGGAAACAAUGUGUAUGACGCAUCGCUGUAUUUGAUUUUUUUUGAAAGGAACUGUUGGUAGAGCUUCUGGCUUGGGUAGCUCUGCUGCUAGUAAGAUGGUCCACAGAUUUCAAAAUCAAGAAAACUUGCAGAUUAUCAAGGUGAUGAGGGUGGUGAAGAAUCCAACAGGAUCAAAUUGGAAGUUAAAAUUGGCCACAAAAAUUCAGAAACAUCACAGAAGUUGCUCACUCUAUUGGGUGGGCUGGCGGUUGGACUUUGGGGUGUUACCAUUUACCAGUUGAGAACGAUGAGGCAUCAGCCUGGAAUUUUGACCUGAAUGUGGACUCUGAUGCAGAUGGCAAGGCUGCCACAGCUUCAGCUCUGAGACUUGAUAAUACAGAAGCAGAGUCUAUUAUAGAAACGGCACAUGAUGAAUACCCUGAGUGGUCUGUCAUUGAGAUGGGAACUAUUGCAAUCGAUGCUACUCAAUUGGCAAACUUCAAUCAGCAAAUAGGAGAUGAUGAAAACUAUGAUGAAGAGUCAUGUUGAAAGAUACUGGAGUAAAUUGGGUAUUAGGUAUGUUCAAGAUUCUUGUAUGUAUUUGGUGCUACUUUCUUUCUAGCAACAAUAUCAUCCUUGUUUACAGCCAAUCUUCAUAUGCAAAUGUCUCGAAUUCUUCGAAAAACAACAACUGGCUCAUAAAUGAAGGGACCUAUUUUUCUGAUGAUAAUUUUAUCGUAAGAACAGCCUUGUACUCUCCAGACUAUGUUUAUCAUCAUUAUAACAAGUUUGGAAUUGAGAUAGGUACUGAUCAUUAUCCUCCGUUUGGAUUUGGGCUUUUCGCUCUUCAAACUGCACCUUAUUCAUUCUUACUUGCUAUAUAUAUUGGAUCCUCGGAUUAUGGUGGUUCUUCUUCUAUGGUGGUUGUCUGGUGUGCCAACCGAGAUCAUCCUGUUCAAGAGGGUGCUACUCUGGAACUUACAUCCGAAGAAGGUUUGGUAUUAAGAGAUGCAGAUGGAAGUUUUGUGUGGUCAACCAACACCUCUGGCAAUUCGGCGAGCUCCAUUCACUUGAAACGUGAUGGGAACUUGGUCUUGUUAAAUGGAAAUGGGAAAACUAUCUGGGAGUCAUAUGAUUAUCCAACUGAUACAUUACUUUAUGGCCAGCAUCUUGUAGAGGGACAGAGGUUGACAUCUAGCGAAUCAACUACCGUACUUUCUGCAGGGUUCUUCUAUGUUUCUUGGGAACAUGAUGGUCUUAGAGCUUUUGUUGAUCUGAACCCUCCACAGGAAUAUAUAUUUCUAGAGUAUGUAGUCCUGAACAACCUGUACGAUAAUUCCUUAUCACCCGAAUUCCAUGAUGGUUACACUCAUGAUUAUAAUAGUUAUAUGCGUCUUGAUCAAAAUGGACACCUAAGUUGGUAUACUUGGGAUCAAAAGGAAUCCUCCCUUGGUAGUGUUGUUCAGGAUGAUGAAUUUGGGAAUUGUUCAUACCCAACUACUUGUGGAAAGUAUGGGGUCUGCACAAAUGGUGGAAGUUGUGGUUGUCCGCUGGGUAAUGAUGGUAGCUUGGAUUACUUCAAGCCAAGUAAAAACUUUGAUGCCGAUACAGGAUGUACCCUUUCAACUCCUCUAUCUUGUUCCGGGAACCACAAACUCCACGAUUUUCUAGAGCUUCAAAAUGUUACCUACUUCCUCUCUACUCCCUCUCUCAUAGGAACAAAUGUUGAGAGUUGUAAAAGUGCAUGUUUAAACAAUUGUUCAUGCAAAGCUGUCUUCUUUCGUUACUAUAAUGAUACCUCAUUUGGUAAUUGUACACUACCUUCAGAGAUACUCACUUUGAUGGAUGUUUCUCGAGGAAAUUUGGGCUAUAAGGUCACUGCAUUUCUCAAAGUGCAAAAAAGAGAAUCGACGUUGAAGAAAAAAUUGGUACUUUCUAUUUCGGUUAGCUUAGUUUUGGUCACUGGAGCAUGCUGUUAUGUGUUGAUGAUACGGAGACGAAGGAGUAGUGACAAUGAAUUUGAUGGUUCUCUUGAUGUUUUUGUUGAAACAGUAAGUCGGUUUUCUUUUGAAUCACUGAAAUUGGCAACCCAAGACUUCAAAACCAAGCUUGGUCGAGGUGGGUUUGGGUCUGUUUUUGAAGGUACAUUAGGUGAUGGAACAAAAGUUGCAGUGAAAUGGUUGGACUCAUUAGGCCAAGGGAGGAAAGAAUUCCUUGCAGAGGUCAAUACAAUAGGUAGCCUUCACCACUUCAAUUUAGUGAGAUUGAUUGGAUUUUGUGAUGACGGAUUGAACAGGCUUCUUGUCUAUGAACACAUGUGUAAUGGCUCCCUUGAGAAAUGGAUCUUCAACAGAGACAUACCACAAACACUUACCUGGAGCGUACAACGAAAGAUUAUAGACGGUGUGGCUGCAGGACUUGAGUAUCUACACGAGCACUGCAAGCAAAAUGUGAUCCACUUUGAUAUUAAACCUCAGAAUAUACUGUUGGACAAAGAUUUCAAUGUCAAGAUAUCUGAUUUUGGUCUGGCAAAACUGGUAGACCGAGGUCAGUGUGAAGUUAUGACCAUGGUAAGAGGUACACCGGGAUAUAUGGCUCCGGAGUUGAUUACUGGUCGUGCCAUCUCGGUUAAGGUUGAUGUCUAUAGCUUUGGGGUUGUUGUCCUAGAAAUUGUGUGUGGUCGUAAGAAUUUUGGCUCAUUAGAAGGUGAUUGUCUUAUUUUAUUUUUAAAAGCCCACCUUUAUAUGCUAUUUUCAAAUAAACUUAUUAUAUUUAUUUUAAUUUUCUCGUUUUAAACCUUACUUAUUUUCCCUUAUGAUAUUUUUCUGUAAUAUAUAUAUUUAUAUCUUAUUUUACUUUCACUUUCCGCUCUUCCUUGUUUAUUCUUUUAACUUCCCGUUCCUGACUUGUGUGAUUGGUUACAUUAGCGAUCUCCUAUGUCAAUUCAUGUUAGCCGACCCCAAAUCAUUUUGGGACUAAGACUUUGUUGUUGUUGUUGUUGUUGUUGUUGUUGUUGUUGUUGUUGUUGUUGUUGUAGAAGGUGAUUGUCUCACUAACUUGGUGAAGUUGAAGGCUGAUGAGGAUCAACUCUAUGACCUAAUUGAUGAGCAUAGUGAAGAUAUGCAACAACACAAGGCAGAAGUGGUGAAGAUGAUGAAGAUCGCGAUAUGGUGCUUGCAACCUCACUUCAUUAGGCCUACUAUGUCAAUGGUGGUGAAAGUUUUACAAGAUCUUCCGAACAUGGAAGCUUUAACUGAUUUUACCUACUUAACCAUGGCUCAUGAACCAGCUCCAGUGGUGGCAAUGGCAGAUUACGAAUAUUCAGUCCGUCCUACAGAGUCGCUUUUGUCUGGGCCUCGUUGAUCACGAGCUACUCCGGUUUUUUAAGUUUCUUACUGCACUUGUGGCUGAUGUUGUGCUCCUUUUUGUACAGAGCUUCAUCUUCCAAGUUUUGUAUUCUGCAUUCAGGAAUGAAUGAAUGCACUACUGACAGAAACAGACUUGCACCUUUUUAUCUGUGUUCUUUACUUCAGUCUGUUAUCGUUUCAAUUUCAUCAAAUUAUUAUUUAUUUAUUUAUUUGUACAGGAAAAGUACAUUCAAGUAAGGAUAGUCUUCUCUCAAUACUGUAAUUUCAUUGAAUUAUAUAAUGAAGUGUGUUCAUUUGGUUUUUUAGCCGGAA